AUGAACACCCCUUCACAACUCAGUUCACUCAGAAAGUACGAUCAAUACGAGAAAAUGGCAAGAAAAGGGAAAUGAUUCAAAACGCCGCCGCGAAAGAUUAACAAACAACCUCGCGUAGGGUCUGGUGUUUCGCUGCACACACAGCUCCGCGAAAAUGCAUAAUGUGUGAAAAAAAUUGUUCCGAAUUCAAAAAACUCAGCUGAUCUCGUUUUCUUUCUCGUUUCAACACGUUCCCGAGUUUCUCAUGUGAGUUUUCUAUUUAUAGAACGUUUAGCGGGGGCGAAUCUGUUCUUUUCGUGCUGCUCGUAAUAAUUUUAUGUUAUAAAUUCGUCAAUUUUGACACAUUCGAAUGUUUUGCGUUUCCUAAUGGGUUUUAUAAUGUUUCCUUUUUUUAUUUUAUUAAAUGUUUAGAAAAUGUUCUAAAUAGCUGAUAACAGUGUCCGAAACUUGAUUGAGUUGUGAAAUUUUCAUUGAAGUCUGAACAAAUACCCUAGUUUAUAAUGUUUGGACUUAAAUUUUUUUAAUAAAAUGUUCGUUUAUUGCUUUAUUAUUCUUAAUAUGAACUUAUACUCAAUUAGAAAAAAAGUAUUUUUUUGAUGUUUUUUUAUGACUUAAAUUUUUUUGUAAUUUCUGUUUCAAUGAGCAUUUUGACUCAUGCAAAUAAACUUGCCUUUGCUAUGUGAGAAAAUAUUUUUUUCUUUCCCAAUUUUUUUGAGUUUUAAGGUAAUUGAAUAUCCAGUUUUAUCUUUUUGGGGUUUAAGAUUGAAUAAGAAAAUGAAUAAACGAAAAAAAUCGUCGAGACAAUUCAUGAAAAAAAUGGUAUUUUUCCAACGUAUUUUUCUGCUUUUUUUGGACUUAAAAAUAAAUUUUUCAUUCUUUUUUUCUGGGUUUUUUUCAAUCCAAGAAGUUUUUUUCUUGGCUGAAAAUAUCACUAGCAAGGUAUUUUCGUCUCGAGACCUUUACCGAAAAUUCCCAUGCUCCUUUAAAAACUUCACAAAAUUUUUUCACAUGAGCCGUAGCAGUACACAGUUUUAACAUUCAAAAAAAUAAAUUUCUUCAGUUAAACACUAAGAAAAAAAUAGAUUUUUUUGAUGAGAAAUUCUUCAGGAACAAGGCCGGAAGUAGCCGUCCAGGGCUUCUGGAGCAGACCUGGUACUGGGGCGACGUCGACAAGUCCACAGUUUCCAAGGCUCUUGUAGAUCAGCCGGAUGGGGCUUUCAUUGUCAGAAAUGCCUCGACCCCGGGGGAUUUCACCCUGAGUGUGAAGUUAGUACUUCGACUGUUGACUUGAAGAAAAAAAAAGGUUUUUAUCAUAGAUAAGUGGACUAAAAGGUAGGAAAUUUUUAAAGCAGUUCGAAAAAAAGUACUUUCAAAUUUUUCGGAACUUUUUCUCUCGAAAUUUCAAACUAAAACCCCUAGAGUGGCCACUUUUGCAAAAAUCUCUAUAGUGAGAGGGAGCUGUAUCUUCAGGUAUCUGUAGGGGAUGAAAUAAUGCCCCCUGUAGGGGUAAAAAUUAAGUGGUCCCUAUAGGAGUUUAGAGCCUGUUCCUGAAGCUUAAGUGGUCCCUAUAGUGGUCUACUGAUUUUUGUUCUUGCUUCGAAUUUAAAAAGACGUAUAGGGACCACUUACAGGCUCCCCUAGAGUGGCCCCUUUUAAUAAAUUUUAGUGCCCUCUAUAGGGUGUUAAGGCGGUCCCUAGAGGGGAACCUUCUAAAGCCCUCUAGGGGCCACUCUAACGUUCUGAAUGUAAAAAAUUUGAGAAAAAGCACCUGAGAAUGCCAAGCGAGAAGAGAUUGACAAACGGCGGGGUCGGCGAGGAUUUCCAUGGCCUUUUUUUCAGUUACUAGGGAACGUUUUUUAAUGAAAAAAAUAUAUCUUCUUCAAGACAAGGGUGUCUUCUAUGAAAAAUUGUUUAAGAAAACAAAAAACACACAUUGAUAAUAAAGAAAACACAAAUAGACGCUAUCCCAAUCGAAACCUGUGUAAAAUCAUCAUUUUUCACCAGAAAAGCUUUUUUGCGAUCAAAGUUUGCAAAUUAUACAUGAAUAGAAAGCUUUUUGUGACGAAAAGAACUUUGGUGACAACAGAAAAAAUCAAAAAUUAAAAGAAACGAAGAAAAAAGCGAAAAUCCGAAAAAUGGCGAAGCCUGUUGUCCAUAGAGCGACUUUACUGCAAAACCCGAAGAAAGGUGCUCCAAAAUGGUGCUUUUUCCCAUAAUUUUCGUUUUCUACAAACUUUGCAUGGCCUGGCUUUUUUUCAAAAAUGAGGCCCGGCCUGAAAAAACAAAUGUAGCUCCAUAACUUGACAGGUUCCAAGGCCAAGUAAAGCUCGUCAAAAUCCACGUUCGGGGCGGAAAAUGCGGAUUUUCCACGGACGCCUUGAUUCACGACAGCAUCGUCGCACUGGUCGACUAUCAUCGGACCUGUUCUCUUCAGGUAAAAAUCAUCGGAAGAUGAGAAAAAAAAUUUUCCAGGUCUACAACGACCUCCUGGACAUCGCCCUGCUGUACCCGGUCAGCAUGCGUCGGAACUCGCAUUCGAGUCGGGCCAAUAUUCGGAAAGCCUCGAUCGUCAUGAGCAAGGCCUCCGUUUUCCAUUCGGCCAAGACUCCGGCCGGUGAUUUUUUGAAUAAAUUGCCUUCUGUUCUCUCUGCACCCUCUCUUGUCACGUGUUGUUUUCCUGUUUCUCUAACUUAGGAACUCCAGAGUGGUCCCUAGAGGGAUCUUGUAGGUAACCCUUAAGGAACCACUUUACCUCCUUCUACAGGAACCACUGAAGCUUGCAAAAGUGGCCCCUUUAGGGAACUAUUAAUCCUAACCUAAGAACGCCAGUGUGGCCCCUAGAGGGGCGAUAUUGAAGAAACUCUGCACCCUCUCUUGUUUACAUGUUGUUCUCCUGUUUCUCUGGUCUAGAAAUGCCAGAGUGACCCCUAGAGGGUCCUUGUAGAUCCCCCUUAAGGGACCCUUUUACUUCCUCCUACAUGGGAAACUGUAGCUUGCAAAAGUGGCUCCUAUAGGCAACUAUAAAUCCUAACCUAAAAACGCCAGAGUGGUCCCUAGAGGGGCGAAUUCGAGGGGCCUUGUAGGUCCCCCUUAAGAGACUACCUAACCACCCCCCACAGGGGACAUUUAAGCUUGCAAAAGUGGCCACUAUAGGGAACUAAUAAUCCCAGUACGUCCUCUUUUCCAAAAGUUAAAAAACCAUCUAGGGGUCACUCAACCUUUAGGGACUCUAAACCCCUAUAGGGACAAUAAGGAGAAAGAUAAGAGGAUUUUGGAGGGUCAGAGAUAUUUUUAAUUUUCGCGCAACUUACUUGGAACACGGCUUUUGUUUGAAUUUUUCUGCCGAUAUUCCGAAAAUAAGCUUAUUUUGAAGACUGGGAAGAGCGGCUGGGGCUGGAACGGCUGAGGAUUGCUCAGACUUGCUCAGAUCGGGCCGCCCGUCUCUUCGACAACGCCCAUUCGGAGCUGGGCAGGGCUGAGCAGCUUCACAAAAGCGUCGCCAAUGUGGUCAGUUUUGAAAAAAUGAAAAUGCGUGUGAUAGCUCAGAUAAGGUAUAGCUCAUUUUUGUGACUCUCCUCAUCUAUCGACGCCCCUCUCAUGUAUCCUUGCUAUUUUCAUGUCCCUAUGACCUCUUAGGCGAGAGAUAAGAGAGCGCAGACAAGUCUGAAUAGCUCGAUUCUUGGGAAUGAACUUUUUUGAAAUGUCUAUUUUUGUCAAAAGUUUCGGAACAAAAUGAAAUGCCCUAAUUUCUCUGCACCCUCUUAUUUUAAUAGGGUCUAUGACUCCUAUUGGUGAGAGAAAAGAGAGCCCAGACAGGUCAGACAUUUUAAAUUUUGGGUGGGGGGUGAUAGCUCAUUUUUGUGACUCUCCUCAUCUAUCAACGUCUCUAUCAUGUAUCCGUGCUAUUUUCGUGUUCCUAUGACCUCGCAGGUGAGAGAUAAGAGAGCGCAGACAGGUUAGAAAAGCUGAAUUUUUGGGGAAUGAUUUUUUUUUAAUGUCCUUUUUUCGUCGAAUUCCCCGGAACAAAAUGAAAUGUCCUAAUUUCUCUGCACCCUCUUAUUUUAAUAGGGUCUAUGACUCCUUUUGGUGAGAGAAAAGAGAGCGCAGACAGGUUAGAAUAACUCUGGUUCUCGAAUCUUUAACGAAAAGAAAGAGUAAUGAUGUAUUUAUACGAGCCAGCUGAAACUUAUUUCUCAAAGGUUUGUUUUUCAACUUGAAAAGGUUCAUUUUAAAUAUUUUAAUGGAGAAAAAUGUUCUCUAGGGCACUAAGAAAGAUCCUGUAUAAGUUAAGCUUUCUCUAGAUUUUCUAAAAUUUAUAAACUUCCCAUUCUGACGAUUUUUCCUAGCUUCCAAGUCCAAAAAUUCCAGAUAAUCGAUCUGGAAAGGAAGAUGGAGGGCUUGCGGGAAGUGAUCCAAGUGCAGGACGACUUGAUUUCUUCCCACCAUCCCGAUGGGCCCAAGGAGAAAUGGGUCCAGUGCAUGUCCAGCAAUAAAACGGUUCGUUUCUUCCAGAGUGGUCCCUAGAGGGAUUCGGGUCGAAAAAAGUGGGCCCUUUAGGGGUCAAAUUAAGCUGGUCUCUAGAGUGGUUGAGGAAAAAAAAACCCCCACGGGGAUCGAAAAAGUGGUCCCUUUAGGGGUUUAGGUCCUGUCCCCUUAGCCCCUAAAUUUCUCAAGUGGACCCUAGAGGGGUUAGGAGAAAAACGACCUCUAUAAGGGCCGAAAAAGUGGUUUCUAUAGGAUAAUAUUAAGGUGGUCCCUAUAGGGGUUUAGGUCCUGUCCCCUUCGCCCCUAAAGCUCAAGUGGUCUCUAUAGGGGUUAGGGGAAAACGACCUCUAUAAGGGCCGAAAAAGCGGUCCCUUUAGGGGUCAAAUUAAGGUGGUCCCUAGAGGGGUUUAGGUCCUGGCCCCUAAAGCUCAAGUGGUGCCUAUAGGGGUCUCUUGAAAUCAUUCAAAAAACGGUUAUUUAUUCCGUUUUUCCCAUGGAAAUGCUUCCUCACUAGAGUUCAUAACAAUCAUCGACUAGUACGUACCCUAUAGGGACCACUUUUGCAAGCUUUAGUGGCCCCUAGAAGGGGCCCUCCAAGAGCCCCUAUAGGGACCACUCUGGAGCUCCUAAAUUUGCUUUUUUAUUGAACUCUGAAGUGGAACUGUUGAUUUUUACGUUGCUUUUCAUUUUUUGAACCAUUUUCUCAAGUUUUCAGCUGCUCGAAGGGAGUAUCAAGCGGAUGGACGCGGAAAGGGAUGCCAACGCAAAAACAAAAGUCAAGUUGGCGACGGUUAUGGACGAAAUGCGCAUGGAACUGAGGAUCGCCAAAGUAAUAACUUCUUAUUUUUUCGAAAAACCUCAGAAAAGAUUCAAAAAGUUUUCUGAAAUCCAACAUUUUGAUCGAGAAAAACUAGUGACCUCUUUUCAACGGCCAGAAUCAAUUGAAUUGGGAAUUAAUUCUUGAAAAAAAAAUCCGAACUGAAUUUUUAUGAAGAACGCUGCUUGAACCGAAAAUUUGAACUGAAUGGGGAACUUUUUUUCAAAUGAAAAUAUUAUUUUUAUUGCGCUAGAAACUCUCAAAAAAAGCUCCUGUAUUCUGAAGAGUUUCAAGUUUAGUAGUAGAAACUCACAAAAAUCGGAAAGUUCAUGCGUUUGAAAUAGCUUCGCAAUUUUUGAGCAUUUAUGUAUCCUUUUUUUAGUUAUACUUGGGCAAAGUUGGAAUGGUGGAUAAUGGUCGCUAAAAGGCUCAAAAAAGGCACCAAAAAGGGUCCCUUUAUCGAGCCUUCCAACUUUUCUGGGAUUUUAAAGGCUCAAGAAAUGGUGGAAAGAGGGAGAGGCAGCAAAAAUGGUGCAUAAAAGCCGAUGAAAUGGACCAAAAAGGCAGCAAAAAGGGAACCUUUCUAUGGAAUUUUUUUCGACCCUUCCCGACUUUGCCUAUGUAUAGUCUGUGUGCCACAACUUGUAAUUUCCCCGAACGACAUUCCGCUGUUCCGCUGCGUGCGGUCGCGAAGCGUCUUUCGAAUCAAGGUCACGCUUUCAAUUGAUUGUUAUUGCUGUGGGAGCACAUGAAAGAAGAGUACCUUAAUAAAAGAAAAAAAAAAUUAAAAGCACGACCAAGGUUCGCAAAGGCGCGCAGCGGCACAGCGGAAUGUCGUUUGGUGAAAUUUCAAGUCAUGGUACACAGCCUAUAUGCAGAAAAAACUUAAUUUCGAUCCGAAAAAAAGUUAAAAUGGAACAUUUAAGUUCAAGACUGUAAUUUUUACGAUAUUUACAACCAAACUUUUAGAUGUUUCCCCAUUUUCAUGAUUUUUAAAAAUUCCUGUUAGUAAAAUGAGCAUUCUAGAAGCGUUUGAUGCGUUUCUACGACAUCCGCAACAGAACCUACGCGGAUUUGGUGAAACAAGGCGUGACCGCCCUGAAAUUGGACGCCACGGCCGAUUCCACAGCCGAAAUGGUCAUGGGCGAACCGAUGCAGGUUGAAAAAAAGAUCCAAUAAAAAAAUAUUUAAAAUUAUUUUUUUCAGGUCAGCAUUCUCCUAGCCGAUCUGCCGUUGAGAUGGGAUCCUGCCCAGUGAGUUUUAGGAAAAAAGGGGUACCUGGGGACGCUGGAGUGGUCACUAGAGGGGCUCUUAUAGUUCCUCCCUUAAGGGGCCACUUUACCAACCCCUAAAGGGGACAUUAAAGCUUGAAAAAGUGGCCACUCUAGGGGGCAUGCUGUUGAUCACUCUAGUUACGAAUCAGAAAAAAAAAAAUUAAAGACCACUUUAGGGACCACUUAAGUUUCAGGAGCCCAGGAAUCAGACCCUAAAAUCCUAAAGGGACCACUUAUAUGUUAGCCCUACAGGGGUCAUUAAACUUUAUGAAAGUUUAGGAACGUCAGAGGAGUCACUAAAGGGGAAAUAAAGGAGCUCUUGAAGGUCCUCCCUCAAAGGACCACUUAACCUUGCCUGUAGGGGCACUGAAGCUUUCAAAAGUGGCCACUUUAGGGGGGCAUUUUAGGGAUUCUUUUUGGGAAGAGAAAAAGUUAAAAGACCGCUGUAGACGUCACUUGAUCUUGUGGGGCUGAACCCCUAUAAGGGCCACUCAGAUUUCAACCCUCUAGGGAGCACUAUUUGGUCCUAUGCAGGCAUGAAAGCCUUCUUAACCACCCCCCUCUAAGUAGCGCUAAAACUUGCAAAAGCGGCCCCUUUAGGGUUUAGGUAAUGGCCACUUGAGGGAGUAUGUUAGUGACUCAUGCAAUAUCAAACCAGAACAAAAACUUGAAAGACCACUAUAGGGUCCACUUGAGCUUGAGAGGCUCAUUGGCCAGACCAUAAAUCCCUAUAGGUAUCACUAUUUUGUCCAAUAUAGACAGUGAGACCGCAAUGAAGCCCUUUACCUUCCCCUACAGGGGUCACUAUAGUUUGCAAAAGUGGUCAUUCUAGGGGUUGUAGGUACGGCUACAGACCACAGACCACUAUAGGGCCCACUUGAGCUUGAGAGGCUUAGGAGUCGGACUCUGAACUGCUAUAGGGACCACCUAAAUUUUAGUCCUGUGAGGGCUUUUUUUCUUCCUGAUCCCUAUAGUGACCACUCUGGAGCUCUUGAACUAAAUUGAUGUACUGGAAUGAAUAAAUCGAUACAGUGAGAUAUAUGAUAAAUAACAUUAUAUGUACCCUGAAAACUCAGAUUUUUCACAGAUACUUGGUAAAUAAUCCGUCGAAAGAAGCGGCGGCGGCCCAAGUGUUCCAAGCUCGCGCCCGACUUCAACAAGCCGACUUGAACUCGGGAAUCCAGCGGGCGCCCGUCGAUGGCGUCUUCUUGAUCCGGCCUUCCGCUUCUCAGGUUUUGGAAGGAACAAUGCGGAAAAGAUGUUUAAAAAUAAGGAAAAGCUUGAAAUAAAUGGACUAUGAAUGGCUUAUUCGAAAAAUAAAGUUCUUAAAAGUUUCAGAAGCAGUUUUUAGUUAUAACUUUCUUGAUAAUAGUGAAAAAAAUUUCAAAAUUAAAAAAAAAGUGUUUUUGAAAAAUUUUUAAAGGACAAUAGUUGUCUCAAAAGUGUACAAAAUAACCAUUUUUUUAACGUAUUUUUUUGUCGAAAUUUCGUAAAAAUUUCAACUCGAAGCUUUUUAAGAAUAGAUUUUUUUAAGCAUAUAAAAAAAGUUGAGACUAAAAAAAGAAGAAAUAUAACAAAAAAAUCAGAAAAAUUUUUAAACUUUGUCGUUUCUUCACACGGACCGCUUUGCAUACUAAAAAAAUAAAAAAAGUAAGAUUUUUUUAAAUUUUUAACUCCGAAAUUUUUUUAAGGACAGUUUUAAAGAUUUGAAGAUAAAAUGGUGACCAAAAAGAAUUAGAAAAUUAGAAAAUUUUUCAUUUUCUUCGCGUCUUAACACGGACCGCUUUGCAUACUAAAAAGUCAAAAAAAUAAGGUUUUUUUAAAUUUGAACCGAUUUCAGUCCCAUAAAUUGGUUCUAACGGUUCUCCACGGCGAUCGCGUUUCUCACUGCUUGAUCGAACAGACGGAUAAGGUAAUUUUUUUCUGGAUUUUAUUUUUUUUUAUAAAGCUUUCCAUAAUGUUCUUUUGAGGUACCCUUUGGAAGGUCCAAAAAGUUUGAAUCUCUAAAAAUUUCUAUUUUUCAAGAAAAUAUCCCUGAAAAGAAUAGGUUAAUCAUUAGUUGACUUUGAGCCAUUUUUUUCUCGGAAAAAGGGACUUUCAGGAAAUUUUUCUGUUAUUGGCUCACCCAAAAUCGGCCACAAUGCUCUUUUGAGGUCCCUCUGGAAGGUCCAGAAGGUUUCAUUCUCUUAAAAUUUCUAGUUUUUCAAGAAAAGAUCUCUAAAAAAAUCCUAUAAAAAUUCGUUAAAAUCGAUCAUUUCGCGAUUUUAAGGGGUUUUUUCAGGGUCUUUAUCUGGUCCUGAUGCUCGAAAAAUUCCGAAUAAUUGAUCAAUUAUCGAUUUUUCCCUAGUUUCUUUGGAAAUUUCCUCAGUUUUUAAGGAAUAUUCGAAUAUUAAAACAAAGAAAAUGUAUUAAAAUCCCUAUAGGGGCCACUGUUCCAAGCUCAAAUGGGAAAAUGUUUAGUGGCCACUAUAGAGGUUCUCUAUUUUUCUUUUUAGUGGCCACUUCAUUCAGUAUUCCUUCCAGUAACUCUAAUAAUUUGAAUACAAACAGAUUGGACCGGUUAUGAUGAUCCAUUGACCCCUAAAGUGGCCACUAAAAUUUUUGUGCCUCUCAAAAGGGAAGGCAAAGUGGUCCCUAGAGGGGCCGCUUCAAACUUUCAAGGGCCCCUAGAGGGACCUCUGUGGUGUUCCUAAAAAGAGUAUACUAUCAAUUUAUCACAACUCAAAAAUCAUGACUAGAUAGAAAAAAUCGAUUCUCCAGGGCUGGGGUUUCGAACACGGCGGGCUGUACUUCCUGACAAUCGGCGACUUUGUCCGCUACUACGCCCACCGGUCCCUCGAGGAACACAACCGGGAGAUCCGGACGAUCCUGACCAUGCCCGCCAUCCCGAUGUCCGUCGCGAAACGGUCGCCGUCUGCCGGAGACUCGCCGCCGCCGACGUCCUCCCGGUCGUCUUCCGACUGCGGCACGAUGAUCGCCACGUCUUCUGCUUCCUCCUCGGCCCGGGGCUCUCCCAGAAUCCCCGUCAGAAUGGAUUUCAAUGGCGUCAAUUGA